AUGAGCAGCCAUGCGUGUUGGCACAAGCUGCAGAAGUUGUCUGGUGGGCUGGCCAAGCUUGAGGACGCUGGGGCGCGCGUGGUGCCACUUGGCGCGUGCAGCUGGGGCGACGCAGAGCUGUUUGGCAGCUUCAUUGUUCGCGUGAGCGCCAGUUUUAUGUGGGAGGCGGCGAGGUGGUACAUGAUCACCGUCGUCCUCAUCAGUGGCAAGGACGUGGCCCAGCUGCUGCUGGGAGUUGGUGAAAACAAGUCGGUGGUGAUCAUGCUGAUGCUGGCUGAUUGUGGACAUGGUGCAGGAGCGCAUAAUCCUGACCAUCUGCUUCGACAUGCGCCACUUCCUGCUCUGCUCGUCCUCGGCAUCAGCAAUUUGUCCGGGUGGACGUCGUUCCAGUUGCUGCUGCUCAACGACGACACGUUGUCGGCCAACGGCCUUGCUGCUCAUUGGUGGUGCUCGCUGCUGCGCGCCCCGCUUGUCAUUUCCAUGGUGCUGAGCCUGCUGUUUGGGCUCACGUCGGACUGCGCAGACAUUGAGUUGCAACUGCUGCGUGGCUGACGCAGCAGGAGCAGGAAGGGGAUAGAUGUGCGACGCUUCUUUCAAGCGGUGGUUACACGUGAAGUGGCAGGGUGUGCUGUAUGCGCUGAAGAAGGAGGUGCAGCACAGCGCGUGCAGAACAACGUUGCCGACCAUCAUAGAAUGAAAUGUGACAUGCCUUGAAGUUGAU